CUCAACAACGCCUCCAGUUAGUGCUUUGACUUAAUUGGAUCUCCCAGUGUUCUGUGUUAGACUUGAGGCAUCAUGAGCUUUUCCGGAUUGCGGAGCCUGGCUUCCGCGACGAGGUUUUCCAACGCAUUUAAGGAUCAAAGACGUCUAUUUUCUUCUUCACGUCCCACAGCCAGGAUAUUCGCGAAUCAACCUCUCCGGGCGAAAGAAGCCCCUCCGUUCGUCUCGAAAAAUUAUCCCGUAAUCGACCACGAAUAUGAUGCCGUCGUUGUUGGAGCUGGUGGUGCUGGUCUCCGUGCUGCCUUCGGCCUUGCGGAGGCAGGAUUCAACACAGCUUGUGUUUCAAAACUAUUUCCUACACGAAGCCACACGGUAGCAGCUCAGGGAGGUAUUAAUGCUGCCCUUGGAAAUAUGCACGAGGAUGACUGGAGAUGGCACAUGUACGAUACCGUCAAGGGAUCCGAUUGGCUGGGUGACCAGGAUGCUAUCCAUUACAUGACAAGAGAGGCACCUCAGAGUAUCAUUGAACUUGAAGGAUAUGGAUGUCCAUUUUCGAGAACAGAGGAUGGUAAAAUCUAUCAGCGUGCUUUCGGUGGUCAGUCUCAGAAGUACGGCAAGGGAGGCCAAGCUUACCGAUGCUGUGCUGCUGCUGACAGAACCGGACACGCUCUUCUUCACACUCUCUACGGCCAAUCACUCCGACACAACACCAACUAUUUCAUCGAAUAUUUCGCAUUGGAUCUUCUCAUGGAGGAUGGUGAAUGCAAAGGCAUAAUUGCCUAUAAUCAAGAAGAUGGCACUAUCCAUCGCUUCCGCGCACACAACACCGUUCUUGCAACAGGAGGAUACGGCCGUGCUUACUUCAGCUGCACAUCCGCCCACACUUGUACUGGUGAUGGUAUGGCCAUGGUUGCCCGUGCUGGCCUGCCCAACCAGGAUCUGGAAUUUGUCCAAUUCCACCCCACGGGUAUCUAUGGUGCGGGUUGUCUUAUCACAGAAGGUUCUCGAGGCGAAGGUGGCUAUCUGCUGAACUCUGAGGGUGAGAGAUUUAUGGAACGAUAUGCUCCAACUGCCAAAGAUCUGGCUAGUCGAGACGUUGUUUCGCGAUCGAUGACUCUUGAAAUCCGCGAGGGACGUGGCGUUGGCCCUGAAAAGGACCAUAUAUACCUGCAACUCAGCCAUCUUCCUGCUGAAAUCCUCCAUGAGCGAUUGCCUGGUAUCUCAGAAACCGCAUCCAUUUUUGCCGGCGUUGACGUUACCAAGCAACCUAUUCCCGUUCUCCCAACUGUUCACUAUAACAUGGGUGGUAUCCCAACUCGUUAUACCGGCGAGGUUCUCACAUUAGAUGAGAAGGGUCAAGAUAAGGUAGUUCCGGGCCUGUAUGCUUGUGGCGAAGCCGCUUGUGUUUCUGUCCAUGGUGCCAACAGACUUGGUGCAAACUCGCUGCUUGAUCUCAUUGUAUUCGGCCGGGCAGUCUCCCACACCAUUCGUGAUAAGUCAUCGCCUGGUCAACCACAUAAGGAGAUUAGUGCGGAUGCUGGAGCUGAAUCGAUUAGCGUUCUUGACAAGGUCAGAACUGCAGAGGGAUCUAAAUCGACAUUUGACAUUAGAAAUGCUAUGCAAAAGACUAUGCAAACUGAUGUUAGCGUUUUCCGAACGCAAGAAAGUUUGGAUGAGGGUGUCCGCAAAAUUAAGGAGGUUGAUCAGAUGUUUGAUGAUGUGGGAACCAAGGACCGCAGCAUGAUUUGGAAUUCCGAUCUCGUUGAGACUCUCGAACUGAGAAACUUGCUGACUUGCGCUACGCAAACUGCUAUUGCCGCUGCCAACCGCAAGGAAUCCCGUGGUGCACAUGCCCGCGAGGACUACCCAGACCGUGAUGACGAGAACUGGAUGAAACACACAUUGACCUACCAAAAGCAGCCUCAUGGCAAGGUCGACCUUACGUACCGUGCGGUAAAUCCCAAUACGCUCGAUGCGAAUGAGUGCAAGCCUGUGCCGCCAUUCAAGCGGACGUAUUAGAUGUAUUUUCUGUGAGACUGAAGUUUGUAUGGCUCGGGAUCACCUAUGGUGUACCGGGGAAAAUAAUACGCGGGAGGUCUUAUCUCCUAUAUGUUCCAUUAUAUAACCGAUCUUUUUUUGAUUUGGUUUCUCUUGAGUUCUUCUGCGUCACGAGUUUUUCCUCCAUUUACCUCUACUUCCUUUUUCUACCGUGUUUUCUGUGAAUACUUUAUCUAAGCGUAUGUUUUUUUACUUAAAAUUCUUGCUCAUCUACGUUGCCUAGCAAGCCGUAUAGGCUGCUCAUUGUACCAUAUUCCUAUGAACUAGCGUGGAAGUAAAAUGUGAUAGGUGGUUGCGAGAUGAG